ACGGAACCUACCUCAAAACAGCUUGUACAUAAAGCUGCCAAAAUGCGAAAGACCCCUAGCUUUUGCUUUCCAUCCGGGGACUUUGCUGGCUGGAGUCAGAGGUACCUGGAGACAGACAAUCCGAGUUUCAGGUACAGCGAUCUACAAAAACCAGUCAUCCGGCAGGCUGGGACGUGGAAGUGGAAGCCUACGGAUUCUAAAAGCCAGUUGAGGCCACUUCACGGCUUCGCAGCCGUGAAAAAACAACCGGCAGCGUCGCCCUCCCCCAGGGUAUGCACUCUCGAGCGGCUGCCGCCAGAAAUCCUCGGCCAUAUCGUGUCCUAUCUUGCAUUGAAUGUGCCACCGACAGGCUAUUCACCUCGAAACUUAGACUUGAUCUCCUGUCUUCUUAGCUCCCGCACAUUACAUGCGGCUACACUCGGCGUACUCUACAAGGCUAUGACAUUUUCGCAAUCUGUGACAUUUUCCAAGGCCCUCCAUCACAUUUCGCAGUACCCUGCGCUCGGCACCCUUGUGCGCCGCCUGGACUUCUCACACUUCACAUCGGUUGGCCUGGGAAGGACGAGGCAGUCAAAUGCAGAAAUUCAGAAUCUGACCUCGCGCACCUUGAUGCUGUGCCUGGAUCUGUUACCUAACUUGAGGGAAUGUCUUCUACAAGAGCACCUCGAGGGUGACCUUAGCGUCGAUGUGAUUCGGAAGUUGUUUACUGGUCUGCCGCACCUGCGUGCCGUGGACUUCUGCGGUUGUUCCACCCGGAUAUUUUCCCAGGCGUUUACCGAGGCCUUGGCCACUGACAGGCCAUUGUCCAACUUGCAACGGCUCUCGCUUCAUGAAUGCAGCACCAUUUCUUCAUCAGCCUUAGAAUUCCUGGUAUGCCAUCUAACGCACCUAACACAUCUCGACUUAGCCCGUACCCAAGUGAGUGAUUCAGCCCUCUUGGCCAUUCCAGAGACCGCUCGUAUCACACAUUUGAACCUGUCUCGAUGCAGUCGGCUUCGAUCCUCCGCCCUAGUCAAGUUUCUCACAACCCAUGCUGCCGUGAGGGAUUCUUUGGUGUAUCUCAACCUUAUGGCAGACUCGACUCCCUUCCGCCUCUCGGAAUAUGACUUGUUCGCCCUCCUACCAAGAAUUUCGGGAACUAUGCGAUCUUUAAACCUAGGCGGGGCGAGAAUAACUCCAGACCAUGUGCCGUUUCUGGUAUCUUUGACUACGCACCUGGAAGAGCUGGGCCUCAGCUCGGCUGAUCUGUCGGUCAGUGAUAUCAGCUCGCUCUUCCUCAGCACGGUUGAUGGCACCGAGCCAGGUCCCAAUAGAGGCUUGCGUGUCAGCACUCUUCGCUACCUCGACCUUGCCAAGGUUCCCAAGGUGACUGCGAGGUCACUCUUUAACGAGGGCUCUUGUCUCCUAUCAAACCAGAGCUGGCCGCUCCAGGUGAUUGAGGUUACUGACAAAGUCACUGGCUAUCUGUCUCAGCCCAGCAAGAGCCUGCAAUCUUCUGUGGGCUGGAAUGCGCAUGAAAGCGGUCGCCGUAGCUGGUACAUCCGUGAUAUGACCUCUUCGCCCAACCACUCAGUUGAUGAUGGCUCGCGGCCUUGGAAACUUGGCUCGCGACGUUGGGGAAUGCGAAAGGUUCCUAUGUCCUUAGGAGAAGUAGGUGGUCUAUACUGUCAUUAUAUGUUCAAAAGGUGA